AGAGCGAGAGAACGUGCCGAAAGUCACCCCCGCGUUUACCACCGAUCACCCCCGAUGGCUUCUGCGUCGUGUUGACUCCGCCGUCGCGUGACGUCGCACCGUCUUUUAAUAGUCCGCCGCCUCUCCGCGACCGGUUCGCCCGUAUGAUACGACACGAUACGUCUACAUACGUAUAUGUACGUCGCAGCUCGUCGGGGAGACGCGCCCUCGUUCGACCUUGAGCGGCUAUAACCGGUGCGUAACGUUCGAUGUACGGAGCAUCGUCGCUGUUAAUCGCGACAACCAGCCGACCGCGAGCCACCGCAGCACCACCGCAGGCCCGUGCUCCUUUUACUCUGUUUACUUCCUCCUUCUUGGCGCUUACUCCUCGACGCGAGACUGCCUCGGCGGCGAAAUGGCGAAGAAGACGUACGAUUUACUGUUCAAGCUGCUCCUCAUCGGCGACUCCGGCGUCGGCAAGACCUGCAUACUGUUCCGUUUCUCGGACGAUGCCUUCUCCACCACGUUCAUUUCCACAAUAGGUAUCGAUUUUAAAAUCAAGACAGUAGAAUUAAGAGGAAAGAAAAUCAAAUUACAGAUAUGGGACACAGCUGGACAGGAAAGAUUUCACACUAUUACGACAUCAUAUUAUAGAGGAGCUAUGGGAAUUAUGCUUGUUUAUGAUAUUACUAACGAAAAGACAUUUGAAAAUAUCGUGAAAUGGUUGAGGAAUAUUGAUGAACAUGCAAAUGAAGAUGUGGAAAAAAUGAUCUUAGGAAAUAAAAGUGAUAUGGAAGAAAAACGCGUUGUCAGUACAGAGAAAGGAGAAGCGAUAGCGAGAGAACAUGGCAUUAGAUUUAUGGAGACGUCCGCGAAAGCGAACAUCAAUAUCGAUCGAGCAUUUAGCGAACUAGCAGAAGCAAUAUUGGACAAAACUCACGGCAGAGAACCACAAGACGCGCCCGAUAGAGUAACGGUUGAUCGAAGGGUAGAAAGAAAUUCGAAUCGAUGCUGCUAAUUUUAUAUAUUAUUUAUUUUAACGGCGCAUAACGAACUAUAUAUCAGCUCGUGCCACCUGGGAUAGAUCCCUCGAUAUAGAUUUAGAGCGUAAUUUAAAACAUAAUAACAUAAACACUUCACGACACUGCCUGAUCUGAUAUAAUCCAAUCUCACUUUUGAUCUGAUGGAAAAACGUUUUUCUAUGCUGCAAUCGAAAAUUGCUAAUAAAAAUGAUUUGAUCGAUCUAAUAUUUUUAAAAAUUAUGUUUUU